AACCAACGCCGAAAUCAGCUGGACGACGGCUUAAAUUUUUAAUGAUGCCCGACUCAGGAGUUGUCAUUAAAGUACAUGCUGGAUCAGAUGUCAUCUAUUCCACUUCCAAACCUGUCGUUAAAAGUACUACUAAUAAUGCCCAGCGGAAUGCUGAUGUCUUAGUCAAGUCUCUUAGAGAAGCUAAGGCAGAAAUAAAUCAGUUUCUAACCGGACUGGUACUAAAGAGUGGUGACCAGGGUCAAAAUGCGGGAGCAGAUGAUGCUAGUGCUGAUGAAGAGGAUGAAGAUGAGGAGGAUGAGGAUAUUACUGAGGGGGUUGAAGAAACUUAUUUGAAAGGUUCAGUUAACACAAAGCGGAAAACAGAAAACAGCAUUGACACAGAAAAUAGCUCUAAAAUAAAAAGAGCAGUGUGAUGACUUAGGUUGAGUGUGCUUUGGAGUGUGACUCAAUAAAAAUUUCUCAUAUUA